AAGCUCUGAAAGAUAUCAGCCUAGCCUUUGUGUUUAGCUACAACACCUCGGCUGUUGAAGGUCUCAACACUAGCAGUGUGGAGUACCAGCAGUUCAGGAAUAGGACACUGCAAGCACUUGCCUCCAUCUAUAACUUGACUUUACCAAUGGAUAUUACAAAUCUAACAAUAAGUAACGGAAGUCUCGCCGUAGUUCUAAAAAUAACCGGUACAGCAAAGGAAAUUUCCGAUAACCAGAAUAGUAUCGCGGCCCUCACGAGAUCGAUACAAACAGGACAACAGAAUGUGACAUUCGAUAACUUGCCUGCAACAGCCACGCAAGUCUUUAUCAAUGGAGUCAAAUUUGAUGCCCAGGCCAGCCCCUGUGUACAAGCUGCGCUCAUUCAAGCGUGUCAGUACCCACUGGUGUGUGUGGUACUGGCUGACAACAUCACCACCACAUGCGGUUCUGAACCGCACUCAAAAAACAAACAAGGCCUGCUGAUCGGCCUCCCUGUGGGUCUCUUGCUCUACUGGUUCCUGUGUGUCAUCAUUGCCGCCCUCAUCUACACCUUCGUCAAACAGAGGAGGAAGGUCAAGACUACAGACUUCAAUGACGUGAUGCUGUUCGACGAGUCCUUGGUUCCGCUGGACAGUUUCCCCAAAAAAAAGUUGCAGGGCCUUGAGAACCCUGCCAUGACUGAGCAGAGCACGGGGACCAACGGAUCCACUGAGCAACAGAAAAUGUAAAGAGCAGUGUUUACAACCAAGUAGGAUGAUUGGGUGAGU